AUGAAGGUGCAAAAACGACCUCCAAAAAAGCCUACUCGAAUUGGACAAAGGUUCAAUAAUGCCAAGUUGGAUAAGGGUAAAAUAAUUUCCAGCACCAUAUGGGCAGGAUUUUUGGGGGGAUUUAAACAUUUCCAAUUAUACUUGGCCACCUGCUGUAAUCAUUGCUAUGUGUAUUUGGUCAAGAAUGGUUUGACUUGGUUCGAACGCUUCUUUUGGCUGAUUCUUAUCGCUAUGGCCAAUUAUGCCACAAUUUAUGUGGCCUGGAAAUCCAUCGAUCGAUAUCUCACCAAGAAUGCCUUUAUUGGCAUCGAUCGAGAUUAUUUGAAGUGGAAUACAACAUUGCCAAGUGUAACUAUAUGUCCCAUGGAGCGUCUGGAUAGACAACUUUUCAAUGCCUAUUGUCAAACACAUCAAGUUACUGAUAAACGCCGAGAAACUCUUUGGGAUUUUCUGGAACACCUGGCCAAUUCUACCUACAUGAAUUUUGAGGACAUUCCAGCAGAUCCCUCCAUCGAUGACAUAUUAAAUCAAGUACAAUUGACGCCAAAUAAGUAUAUGGAGGUGAUUUUUAAUCUGACUCGCAACAACAGGACCAACAGUCGCACAGAUCUGCGCAUACAAUGCGAUCAUAUGGGCACAUUUUGCCAUACGCGUCAAAUCUUGACCGAGUAUGGUUUGUGCUACUUGGCCAACAGUCUUCUGGAUGAGAAAUAUUCAUCACAAUAUGCAUUGUUUGGCACACUGCCAGAAGCAAAUCCUUACGAGAGGAAAAAUGAAACGGUCGCCGCAUUUCAUAUUACCUAUAUAGACAAGCAUAUGGAUUAUUAUUUCAUUGGAUUUAAUACAUCCAUAGAUCUCUAUGUUCACAGUCCCUAUGAAAUAAUGAAGGUGGAUAACAAUUAUGGCUAUAGUGAUCAAAAUGCCUAUUUCGACCCUGAGGUGGUAGAAAUAACCACAGAAGACAAUUUCGAAAGAGAUGCCACGGUUCGUCAGCGCAAUUGUCGCUUUAGUCAUGAAUCAAAUUUGACUCAUUUCGAGGUUUAUACGAAAAAUAUGUGCCUUCAAGAAUGUCGUCUUCGUCUGGUGUAUGAGUUCUGCAAAUGUAUACCACAUUUUUAUCCCAAUCGAGUUGACAAACCCAAGCGUGUAUGCGAUUAUAAAACUCUAAGGGAAUGUUUUCCCCCACAUAAAGGUAUAUUUACUCCUCGUUAUUGA